CUUUCUUGCACAUUUGUACUGGAAAGAAAAGAUCAAAUUUUCUAUAAAUAUUCACAAAGUACACCAAUGAUGGCGUUUUAAAACGUUCUGUAUUCCGUUAAGGCUUUCCCGAUGAGCUCUUUCCCGGCCAUAGAAACGUCUCCUUGAGAAUCCCCUGUUCUUUUAGUUUUUCCUUUAGCUCAUUAACAACAACAAAGAACCUUCUUAAUUACUGCUACAACAGUAAACAUUUAACACUAGUUGUGUAUAUAUAUGAGUGGGAAUUUCGGUUCAGGCCCAAUCAAGAGCCACCGACAUUUUUUUUAGUGUAUUUAGAGAGAGCUGAAAAAUACUGUUGUUGGGGUGGUUUUUUUUGCUGUCUUGUGUAUUGGGUUUUUGAAUUCUUUUUGUGGGUGUAUAUUGUUAUUGCAUACCAUCCUACCAUGGUAAGUACUGCUGAAAAGAGUCGAAUAUGGGAGGGAGAUGACUCCAAUCCAUACUCAAGAAGUUUAUCGUCGUCGUCGUCGUCUUCUUCUUUUUCUUCUUUAUCUUCUGAGCUGGGAAAUGGAGGCCCAUUGAUAAAUUCUGAGCUGGGUAAUGCAGGCAAUUCAAGCUCUAUAAGGUUGCCUCACGCAUACGGUACUACUAGAGUGGAGAGGCUUUUGAGAGAUAGGCAGCUCAGAAAAAGUGAAGGAAAUAGCAAUUCAAGGGAUUCUAAUGCGGCUGAAGGCGAAGCGGAAGAACAUAUUGAUGGAGGAGGGGAGUACAGGCCUAAAAGGUGUGGAGUGGGGAGUCCUGGAGCAAAUGGACUAGCUGAGAUAGCUACUUCUUGUGCCGGAACUAAAGUUGAGGAGGGGAGGCCUACCAGGCAGAGGUUGCUGGUAGUUGCUAAUAGACUGCCCGUCUGUGCUACCAGGAAGGGAGAGGAUUCCUGGUCGUUGGAGAUUAGUGCUGGAGGCCUUGUCAGUGCUCUUCUUGGUUUGAGGCAGUUUGAGGCCAAAUGGAUUGGAUGGGCUGGUGUGAAUGUAACGGACACGGUUGGGCAGGUCGCACUCACAAAUGCUCUAGCUGAAAAGCGUUGCAUACCAGUAUUUCUUGAUGAGGAGUUAGUUCACCAAUACUACAAUGGCUAUUGCAACAACAUUCUUUGGCCUCUUUUCCACUAUCUUGGGAUUCCUCAAGAGGAUCGACUUGCUACCACACGUAGUUUCCAGUCACAGUUUGAUGCAUAUAAGAAGGCUAAUGAGAUGUUUGCUGAUGUUGUAUUAUCACAUUACAAGGAGGGAGAUGUCGUAUGGUGUCAUGACUACCAUCUUAUGUUUCUUCCGAAGUUUUUAAAAGAUCGGGAUGUUAAUGUGAAAGUGGGAUGGUUUUUGCACACUCCAUUUCCUUCUUCAGAGAUCCACAGGACGCUUCCAUCACGCUCGGAGCUGCUAAAAGCUAUUCUUGCUGCAGAUUUAGUUGGUUUCCAUACUUAUGACUAUGCAAGACAUUUUGUAAGUGCAUGCACACGAAUUCUUGGGUUGGAAGGAACCCCAGAAGGAGUAGAGGAUCAAGGGAAGCUCACCCGUGUUGCUGCGUUUCCUAUUGGCAUUGAUUCAGAUAGGUUCAUAAAAGCACUAGAAUUGCCUCAAGUAAAAGAGCAUGUUAGGGAGCUAAAAGAAAGGUUUGCAGGUCGAAAGGUCAUGUUAGGAGUUGAUCGGCUGGAUAUGAUCAAAGGAAUUCCUCAGAAGAUUCUGGCAUUUGAGAAGUUUCUGGAAGAGAAUCCAAAUUGGAGAGACAAAGUGGUGUUAGUGCAGAUAGCUGUACCAACAAGGACAGAUGUUCCUGAAUAUCAAAAGCUUACAAGUCAAGUUCAUGAGAUUGUGGGACGAAUCAAUGGCCGAUUUGGAACUUUGACAACUGUUCCAAUUCAUCAUUUGGAUCGUUCUCUCGAUUUUCAUGCACUUUGUGCCCUAUAUGCAAUAACAGAUGUUACUCUUAUAACAUCUUUACGAGAUGGGAUGAAUCUUGUGAGCUAUGAAUUUGUAGCCUGUCAAAAUUCAAAGAAAGGGGUGCUCAUCCUCAGCGAGUUUGCUGGGGCUGCUCAAUCUCUUGGUGCCGGUGCAAUACUUGUAAAUCCUUGGAAUAUUACUGAAGUUGCUUCUUCAAUAGGAGAUGCUUUAAAUAUGUCAGCUGAAGAGCGAGAAGAAAGACACCGUCAUAACUUUGAACAUGUGACAACACACACUGCCCAGGUGUGGGCUGAGACUUUUGUCAGUGAGUUGAAUGAUACAAUUGUUGAGGCGCAAUUACGGACUCGAAAAAUUCCUCCCCAACUUCCUCACGAAAGGGCCAUUGAAAAGUACCAACAAUCCAAUAAUCGGCUGCUUAUAUUGGGAUUUAAUGCAACAAUGACUGCACAAGUUGAUGCACCUGGAAGAAGAGGGAAUGACCAAAUUAAAGAAAUGAAACUUUCUCUGCAUUCAGAACUGCGAGAACCCCUGUUAAAACUCUGCAAUGACCCAAAGACAACCAUUGUUGUUCUAAGUGGAAGUGAGAGGAGUAUUUUAGAUGAGAACUUCAAAGAUUUCAAUAUAUGGUUAGCAGCAGAGAAUGGCAUGUUUCUUCGUUCUUCAAAAGGAGACUGGAUGACAACAAUGCCAGAACAUCUCAAUAUGGACUGGGUUGAAAGUGUUCAGCUUGUUUUGGACUAUUUUAGAGAAAGGACACCUCGCUCUUAUGUUGAAGUCCGAGAAACAUCUUUAGUAUGGAAUUACAAAUAUGCAGAUGUUGUAUUUGGAAGGGUUCAGGCACGAGAUAUGUUACAGCACUUGUGGACUGGUCCCAUUUCAAAUGCUGCAGUUGAUGUUGUCCAAGGUAGUAGAUCAGUUGAGGUCCGGUCAGUUGGUGUUUCAAAGGGUGCAGCAAUCGAUCGGAUAUUGGGGGAAAUUGUACAUAGUAAAUCAAUGACAACUCCAAUUGAUUAUGUUCUUUGCAUUGGCCAUUUUUUGGGAAAGGAUGAAGAUAUCUAUACAUUCUUUGAGCCAGAACUUCCCUUUGGGACAGAAGUAGCUACUACAAAGGUAUUUGAUAAUAAGGCCCCAGUGGAAAGGAGAUUAGGAACAAAAUCCAACCCUGGGAAAGGGAGCAACAAAGGGGCCCGAGGCAAAGCUCCUCCAUUAUCAUCAGAUAAAAAAGGAACACAGCUCAGAGGCAGUGGCAGUGGCAGCAAAGAUUGGAGGAUACAAGAUGAGAAUGUUAGCUGCCAUGAAGGUUCUUCGGUGUUAGAUUUGAAGGGUGAUAACUAUUUUUCCUGUGCAGUAGGUCGGAAGCGUUCUACUGCUCGCUAUUCUAUUUCAUCCUCAGAGGAAGUUGUCACUUUUCUGAAAGCCAUGGCAAAGAGUUAUACAGAGAGUAGUGGUGCCCAAAAGAAUAAUUCACGGUCACAGAAGAGAGUCUCAAAGGGCUCUUGAUGGUGAUAUCAGUCCAUGAAGAAUGUUAUGGAACAUUUGCAUUUUAACCUUAAAUAAUGCUCAGGGUUCCCAGAAAAUGUUUCCCACAGAUAUUACAGAACUGAAGCAGAGAGAUUUACUAGUUGACAUUCCAUUGACCAAACACGGCUGCAUUUUCAGUUAGAAACUGUGAUAUCUUUACAUCAGAUAAAUUGUAUCGUAUACUGGGUGAUGUAGUAUUUGCUAUUCCAAUGGAUUGUUCCAACUCAAUGAUAAGCAAUGCUUUUCAUUUUGAUAUCCUUUUUCUGAUCAACAAAAUGGCCAAAUGAAAUGCUGUGUUUUGGUCAAAUUUUCCCAUGUUUUCUAUAGCAAGAUUAUUUUUUUUUUAAA